ACAUCGCCGUGUAAGCGAAACCAACGAGACUUCAUUUGCGCUUGCGGCAAUGAUUCCUGUGUAUAGGAAGGUGUCAGCGGCGUCUGAUGAUGCCGACACGUCGAACGAGAAGAAUAUUUUCCGAGCGUAUAUCAAGAGCGGCGAGCUCUACUCAACGAUUGCUGCGGCCGUUAUAAACAAUAUCAAUAUCACUGCUGCAUUCGCCGAGAUGAAGAUACGGGACAAGAUGAAUCACACAGUGGCGCAGAUCAAGAGCGAUGCUCGAUUGUGCCUUUGGGCCAGCACGGCAGAGCUGAAGACGAUGGCAGCAAAGGCGAAGCUGCUGGACUUUAAGGAUGAGUUUCGGGCAGAAUCCGAGCCUUGGAAGGACCAGGUAGCAGCAUUGGUCAAGUCUAUUGAGAAGUAUACCGAGCAGACGUGAGGUGGCUGACUCUGCAGAAUCCGGUAACGCGUGACUAUACACAUAAAUACUUGUAUUUCUCUAUGCUGGCGUCCGGUUUUCUACAAAUUCCAUGAUUGCUUCGAAAUCUCGACAAACAUGGGUUGAACUAAAAUCUGGCUCGGGGAUGCUCUUGAACAGAACGCGUUUAAACGUCACGACGGAGACGUCAGCAGUGCACAUAAUAUACUGUCGAAGAAUUUCGAUGCAGUGAUCUACCGACCAAAGUAUAUCAGUAUAAGUAAAACCGGGUGGGGUUUGGGGGUUAGUGAGCUUACCGACAUGAUUUCUAGCAGACAGUGACGCGAAUACUUCGGGGUAGUGCUCAAUACCCCAUAUUGUUUUGCGAAUAGAGUCCUAGACAAAAAGAAGAGAAACAUCGCUAUUAGCUGGGGGGGAAUAGAAUAUUACUAAAUUCAGUGUACUUACAAGACAGUGUAAUUGGUGGAAAACCUCCAGCAUCCCAUCAGCGUACU